UGUAAUAAGUCAAUUAAUUGACACGCAAAUAUUGUGAUUAAACUGCAAUGUAAUAGAAUAAUAUUUUUAUAAUAUCUGAAAAGAUUCUAUAAACUAUAAAAAACAAAAACAAAUAAAAUUUAAAAUAAAUCAGCAAAGUGAGAUUUUGGCACAGCAUGAGCCAAAGUUUUAAAACUUUAAUGCACGGUGGUGAAGGGUCCGGAGACGGAGUUUCGUACUCGGAGCGGCAGUCGUCGGAGGAUGUGCCGGAUUCUACGGCGACUACAACAGCCGGCGAUGGUGGCGGCGGCACCAGGGAUGGCGGAGAGGAUGAUUUCACCGAUGACAACAAUUUUGAAUCGAAUUUGCGACGUCGCAAAGGCAAAAUAAUAUCCUGUGCCAAGGAGACCAUCGAGAAUGCUUCCCGCCAACUACGCCGCAAAGUGCCCUACGCCGGCCAUCUGAUGACGCCGCGUCGCCUCUGGCUCAAUAAAAUUCCCACACAAUGUGACGUGGUUAUUGAAUUUCCCGAGGACGCGCCAGACGAGGCACUCCGCUGGCUCCUGGCCCGCAUCCGCUCCCAGCCACCGGCCGGUCUUGGGCUCCUUGUCCAGGUCAAGGCGCACGAGAGUUCGCGGCGGAAUGCCUUCUAUGUCAGUGCUCCGGUGAAUGUCCUCUUUAAAGCCGCCGAAGAUGCCCGCCUGCCAAAGCGCUUAAGACCAGACUUGGGUGGUGCACUGAGAGAGUUCACCACCCGCGAGAGCCACUGCUUCCAACAGCUGCGUGGGGAUGUGGGCAGCACGGUGCUGUUCACUUCACAGGAGCGCCAAUGGCUGGUCCUUCAGGUGCUCCAAGGACUGCGGGCUGGCUGCAGUGACAUCGAUGCUUUGCACGGACGAGCGGCCGUUUCUGAGGGCCAGAGCAUUGUGGCCGCUUGGCAGGAGUCCGGCCUAAUCACACAGGUCUUUCCCCUUCACGAGCCCAGCUCGCUAACCCAGCUUCAGACGCAUUGGGUUAAACAGAUAUUUGCACCACAGCCUUUAGACGACAUUGCUGCCUAUUUUGGCGUUAAGGUUGCCUUAUACUUUGCCUGGCUGGGUCAUUACACCUGCGCUUUGGGCGUACCGGCUGUUUUUGGCACCAUCCUCUAUUGCAUUCUCUGGGGCAAGGGUCAGACCGCCCAGGACAUGGGUCAUGUUCUCUUCUCGCUGUUCAACGUAGCCUGGGCCUCGCUUUACUUGGAGGCUUGGAAGCGGUAUUCCGUGGAGUUGGCUUUCCGUUGGGGCACUUUAUCAACGCCACCGGAGUUGCUGGAGCCGCCCAGGCCCCUGUAUAAGGGUCCUUUGGAGGAAAACAACGUAACUGGGCGACUAGAGCCGAGGGAGGCUCCUGCUUGGCAACGACGUGCGUUUCGCUACCUGGUCAGUUUUCCAAUUAUAGGAUGCUGUCUCUGCAUGGUCUUUGUUGUUAUGUUUCUCAUGUUACGCUUUCAGGAUUGGUGGGACUCGAAGUUGCCGGAGGAGAGUGUCCUGUGCUGCCUAAGUGUCAUUCCGAAAGUUCUACUGGCAGGAGCCAUUACCCUAAUGGACGAGGCCUACUUUAAACUGGCAGUGUGGCUCAAUGAUCGGGAAAACUAUCGUCUGCAGUCCAAAUAUGAGAACCAUUUAAUAGCCAAAGUGGCUUUGUUCCAAUUCGUCAACUCGUUUCUAUCACUUUUCUAUAUUGCCUUCUACUUGCGCGACGAGGAUAAGCUUAAAGAGCAACUGGCUGGUCUACUAAUCUCUCGUCAAAUCAUUGGAAACCUACGCGAGUCUGCCCUUCCCUACUUUGUCGAACAAUGGAAGUUGGCCAAGCUGAGCUUCAACAUGUGGGGAGCUCUGAGCCCCACCCAGAACGUGACACGCAGCCUGGCCGAGGAACUGGCAACGGCAGAGGCCGAGCUUAAGGCGGAGGGAUCUGGCACGCCCACUAAAAGCCACCAAGCCCACCAAACCGAGUCCAAACGGAAUAUCGGGCAGGCCGAAAUCGAGAGCUCGCUGUACAAGUAUGAUGGCACAUUUUCGGACCAUUUGGAGAUGCUCGUCCAAAUGGGGUAUGUGGUGCUCUUUUCGGCCGCCUUUCCCCUGGCCGGCGUCUGCGCUUUGAUCAACAACCUGAUGGAGAUUCGCUCCGAUGCCUUCAAGCUGGCCCAUGUGCAUCAGCGUCCGUUUGGACAGCGUGUGGCCAACAUUGGCACCUGGCAGAAUGCCCUGAGCAUCCUUUCCCUGGCAGCUGUCAUCGUGAAUUGUGCCCUAAUUGGCCUCUCUGGUCAGGUUUCGAGGCUGUGGCCGGGACUGACCACCGCUCAGACAAUAAUUCUGAUUGUCACUCUCGAGCACAUAAUGUUGGGGUUGCGGCAGGCACUCACCUGGUUACUGCCGGAGUUGCCCUCCUGGCUGGCGGCGGAAAUCGCACGCGCCGAACAUUGCCGUCGGGAAAUGCAGUGCAAGGGCACCUCGCCACGACCCACACCGCCCACGCCGCAGUCGACCACGUCCACUCAGCCGGAACAGGAGGGCACCGGCGGCAUGCAAAUGGAUAGCGGCGCCAAUACCACCCACGAUCAGUCCAUGGAGAGCCAGGUGGCCGAGGAUAUAUUGCUCUAUGGUCAGGAAUUCGCUAGCUAUGGUCGCAACAUAGAGGCGGAUGUUAAUAUUUAUGAGAAUCGUGACUCGUCACCGGACUCACCCCCCUCACAGACCAGCACCAUACUCAUCAGGCCGUUGCACGAGUCAACCCCUCCGCACGGUGGCGCCUCAAUGUCGAGUCUUCAUCAGGACGGCAAUGGCGGAGCUUCUGCCAGCACGCUAGCUCUCAACUCGGCGGCUUAUGCAGCCCGUAUGCAGUCGAUGCAUAUCCAAGAAAUACCGCCAUUCCGAAAGAAAUCCAGCGAUUCGGCUGAUCACACUGGCAGCAGCACCAGCAGCAGUCCCCAGCGGACCACAAUGCGCCAAUUAUCCGGACAAAGGGAUCCGCAGCAGACGAUCCCGGAGAUACCACCGUACAAGACGCGAAAAAUAUCCGCGGAGAGCUCCACGCCCCUGAACAUGAGCGACAAGCUACACAUAAAACUUCAUGCACCAGAAUGGAUGUCUCGUUUAAAAGUCAACGAUAAUACGAAUCUCCAUAGGAGCAUAGAUUGUAUUGCAAAGGAACUCGGGAAUACAGCCGACACCGCGGAUAUCCUAAAGCCGGCUCCAUCCUGGUGCAACGUGGCCAUGAAGUCCGGCGCACCUGGCAGCAAUUUAGCAACACCACCAGCCUCCCAGCAGCAGCAGCAAAUAGUCGCAUCCUCAUCGUCGUCCUCGGGUGGCGGGGGUAGCGUUUUCAGUCCCAGCGGUGCUGGUCCAACUGGCGCACCCGCUGGCAUUAGUAAUUCCCAAUCCCGACCCAGUGUCGGCGCCCUAUCCAACUCCUCAUCCAGUUCAUCCCAUAAGCAGCAACAAAAGCUUGCCAAGGAGGAAAGGGAACGAGAAAAGGAGAGGGAAAAGGAGAAGGAGAAAGAGAAAGAAAGGGAAAAGGAGAAAGAAAAAGAAAAGGAGAAAGAGGCUCAGGCCGCAUCCACAUCAACGGGCAACACAGAUGAUGAAGCCAAGGCAGCUGAAUUGGCUGCCAAGAAAUCCCGCCUAAAACAGAAGCUGGUCAAGAGUGCGAGAUCCGUGGCCAUAUUCUCACUAAAACUGAAGGAGCGAAGACAGCGCGAGGCGGAAAAGGCAGCCACCAUAGCCGUUGAACAUGCCAAGGCCCUGGCAAAGCUACCAAUGCCUCAGCCAGUGGGUGGGGAGCUUUCUUGUAUACCCAUCGAACAGUUAAUUCAAAUCGACGAUAUCAAACCUGCGAUUAAGCCUGCAAAUCCAUCAGGAAUGACAGCACCCACAUCCUCGAGUCAAGCCGGUUCUUCGACGUAUCAAUAUCAGAAUCAAUACCAACAGCCGCAGCAGUAUCAUCCGCCCUCACAUUCGCACCCACAUACGGAUAAUUGAGCUUAUUAAAUACGAAAGUACCGAAAUUAAUUAACCACCCACUCGCACACUUUGUAAAUAGUUUUCUAUGCACUGGAUCCUUCCCCAUCUAGCUGAGAUUUUAUCGAAGUUACCGAUGAUAUGUGAGCAAAUUUGCUGAAUGUGUGUCUUGUCCAGAGUUGGAUGCAACUAUUAAACUAUACCUAGUAGUAUUUAGUAGAGAAACUAAGUUAUGUCAUCGAAGAGAGAAGCGUAUGUUUUGCAGAAAUCCGUUUUUAACGAAAAUCUUGAUAAUAUUUAGCCUUCUGCAAUAGUUGAAACAUUAAAAAGCAGUAAAGCCAAAGCAAUAAUGUUUUGAAACGAAUUUUUGGUUAGCAUCUUAGCUGUUGAAUGUGUUUUUGGUAGUCAAUGUUAAUUAGCGUUUAGCAGAAAAAAAUCAAUUUGUUACACGAAGAAAUGUUGAAAAUGUUACGUUUUGCAUUUAUGUUGCCAGUAAAUGAAUAUUGAAUAUACGUAUAUUAAUUAAGGAAUACAACAAUCAAACACACUCACCCACGAAUCAAAAUCUGACAGCACAACGACUUAAGGCACUUACACGAAACUGUGAGAUAAUAUCGUCCAUUGUUCCUUCCAUAUUCAAGGUUUAAGCCUUCGCACUCGCUUUUAGCUAUAUGGUACAACUGAUCGGAUAAAAACUAUCAACAUCAGCAGCUUUCUUACGAAAAACUAUAACUAUAAUAUGCUGCAUUUCUUCGUUUACUCAGUACUUGCUUUAUUACAAGAAAUAUGUAUCGAUAUUGUGGGCACAGGACCUACUUUUAAACACAAAUGCACUCAAACACUCACCCAAAGGAUAUUUGUAAAUAUAUUGUAGCUGUUAAGUGUAAUUGAAACGAUCUAUACAAACAAAAAUAAAUUAAUGAUUGUAUGUGCUUUUGUGUUGGAAAAACGAACUCAAUUAAAGCCCAUUCAUUUGAGAAACCCA